AUGAACACUUCGAAGAAUACGGAAUACCAAGGUGUUAUCAUUAUUGUUCAAGUAGAUUUCGAUUGGGCAGUAGAAUUGAAUCGAUAUACUCUGACACCUGUCGGACUUUGGCCUGUGAGCAAGCAAACUACAUGGGAAAAGUAUAUGUGUAAUAUACGUACGCUUCUCGUUUUCACGACAUUAAUUGUUAUUUUGAUUCCUGCCGUACAUUUUCUGAUAAGAGCUCAUGGAAAUGUUACACUAAUGAUUGAAAAUUUACAAUAUACAUUGCCAAUCUUUACAGCCACACUAAGAAUUGCGAUUUUUUGGUGGAAGAAAGAAGCUCUGUCAUCUUUGAUGGAUAUGAUUGCUGACGAUUGGAUAAAAGAAAAAACUUCUUGGGAAAGAAUGAAAAUGAUUACACGAGCGCAAACUGCUCGUACAAUCGCAAAGUUCAUGUAUAGCAUGAUGGGAACAUCUUUCAUUAUUGCAAUAUUAAUGCCCAUUUGCGGCAUUUCCAUGUCAUCUGUAACGAACGAUACUAAUUCAGAGAAACAAUUGCCAUUUCAGACAUUGUAUUAUAUAUACGAUACGAGUAAAAGUCCGCAAUACGAAUUAACGUUUAUAUCUCAAACUAUCUCCAUGUUCUUUACUGUUUUGCCUAACACAGGCAUAGAUAAUUUUCUUAAUCUUUUGGUAUUUCAUGUCUGUGGUCAACUAGAUAUCCUGAAGAAUCGCAUCACGCAUCUAGAUCAAUUCACGAAUUACGCUCAUGUUUUAAAGAGCUGCGUGGCGGAUCACACAAGAAUAAUCAGGUAAUCACGCUGUCAUUCAUCACAUAUGU